AUGGCGCCCCGACCCCGUCGCCGAUCCCCGCCGCCCGGAGCCGCGUCGCCGACCUCCUCCUCGCCGGACUACCUCUCCGUCUCCGUCAACGUCGUCGUCCUCCCCACGCACCGCUGCCUUAGUCCCUACGCUCCCGCGGUGAGGCUCCGGCCUCUCCCCUCUUCCCUCUCCCCUCUCCCCGUGUCGGACGUCGCCGUGCCCACCGUCCCAUGCCCAUGCGCGCUCCCAUGGCCGCGCGCGCGCCCGUGCGUCGCCUCUCUGCCGCAGCACCAGGCCCGCGCCCAUCCGAGCUCCGGGCCCCGCCCCGCUUGUCGUUGUCAUCGCCACAAGCCACCUCUGGCCAACCCGCCACCGCUGGCGCCGUUGACGCCCUGUGCGUGCGCCGCCCGCGCCUGGCCUCCCUCCCGUGUGUGUGCGCUGCUGCUUUUGCCGCGCCCCGCCUCCGUUUCUCGCCGCGCUGGCCGCGCCCAGCUGCUGCGGCAGUCGCCGCCCGUUUCUUUCCCCUCCCUCUGCGCUGGACUCGCCCGCUGUCGCCGCCCACGUCCCGCCUCGGCUCCCCGUCGCCCACUAGCGCGUUGUCGCCCCAGCACGGCUCCGGUGGCUCCUCUGGCCGCCACCUCAGAACGACCCCACCAUGCUGUCUCUCCGGCACCUGCGUCGUUGGCCGCGGCCGGGGCCAAUGCCCGGGCAACGCCCCACCGUGGCCGUCUCCCGGGUCCACCCCGACGGGUACCCCGCCCGCACCCGUUAAACGCCCGCUCCAGUGGCCUGAUGGGCCACUGGCAGCCGGGGCCCACGCCCCUGGAACGGUUAAAAAAGAAUUAA